AUGCGAGUGAUUCCACUAACAAUCAAAAAGAUCUUAGACAAAUGGAACAUCAGGGGACUUGUGAUACUGUCUCUGUUGUUUCAAACAUCUCUUAUCUUUCUCGCACCGCUGCGAAAACGCACAUCGAAGAAGCUUCUCGCCGCAGUUCUGUGGACAUCGUAUCUUUUAGCAGAUUGGACCGCUAAUUAUGCGGUGGCUCAGAUCACUAAGAACCAAGGAAAGGAACUGGAACGUGGUGAUCCUCCGAAGAACAAGAAGCUACUUGCUUUGUGGGCACCGUUCUUGUUGUUGCAUCUUGGUGGUCCGGACACGAUUACUGCGUUGGCCCUCGAGGAUAAUGCGUUAUGGGCACGUCAUUUGUUUGGCCUCGUAUCUCAAGCGCUUGCAGGUGUUUACGCGGUGGUGCAAUCAAUGGAAAACAUCUUAUGGCCACCAAUAACAUUACUAUUCAUCACCGGAGUGAUAAAAUACACGGAGAGGACACGCGCAUUAUACGCAGCGAGCUUAGACAAAUUCAAAGACCGAAUGCUUAAACCAGGAGACACUGGUCCUAACUACGCUAAGCUCAUGGAAGAAUACGCUUCGAGAAAAGACUCAAACCUCCCGACCCAAAUCGUCCUCAUCGACGAACCAGACAAGCACGAGAGACCUCCGAAACUCGUUAGGCCGGACCGAGACCACCUUACCGAUCUCGAGAUCGUCCAAUACGGUUUCAAAUUCUUCAACACUUUCAAAGGUCUCGUCGUUGACCUAAUUUUCAGCUUCCGUGAGCGAGACGAAAGCAGAGAUUUCUUCAAAGAGCUGAAACCAGAGGAAGCCCUAAGGAUCAUCGAAUCUGAGCUCGGUUUCUUAUACGAAUCCAUGUACACGAAAACCGCGAUUCUUCACACGAUAACCGGUACUCUCUCUCGGGCCAUCGCGUUUGGAUCGCUUCUUUCUUCCUUCUUUCUCUUCCAUCGUAGACCUCUCAAGUCCGUGGAGUUCCAUGGAGCGGACGUUGUGAUUACUUACACAUUGUUCAUCGUCGGUAUCGCGCUUGAUGUCGCCUCCAUGGUCAUGUUCUUGCUCUCUGACUGGACAUUUGCCGUGUUGAGCAAGCUUAAAGACGACCCCGAGGAAGAGAAGAGCUCCAUCGACCCUUUGUUCAACUGGCUACUCUCCUUUCGUAGACCGCAGUGGAAGAAGCACAAAUGCAGAGGAAACCGUGUCCACGAGGUGCUCACGACGCGGAUCUUGUCAAGAAGAUGGUCAGGUACGAUCUACGGAUUCAACUUCAUCGGUUACUGUUUGAAAACCAAAGCAUCAAGAAUCCAUCGGAAGAGAGUCCGCAACGUUUUGAGCGAGUCCGUGUGUGAACUUUUGGUUUCGACGUUCGAUAACGUAAUCAGAAGAGUCCAAAUGCUGUCUGGAUGGAUCAAGAACGUCGAUAGAUCGAUCAGGAUUGUGAUGAGGCAGUUGUCGAGGAAGAAUCUGAUGAUUCGUUACACGGUUUAUCCGUUAUACGUUACGAUCUUCUUGGGGAUACCUUAUGUUUUCGGAGAGCUUUGGGGUUAUAUAGAUCGGAUCUUCAGCGUUAGAUCUCAUAUAGACCAGAUCAGGUUCGUGUCGAGCGAGCCGUUGACGAAGAACCAGUGGGAGUUUAUCUUCAACGAGCUGAAACAUAAGUCCGGUUACGCGGAAACGCCUGAGGUUGCGAAGAAAGUGUCAUCGGCGAGAGGAGAAUGGGCUUUAAGGGAUGCAAAGUUGGCGGAGACAGAGAGAUUGAUGCGUUACGUGGAGAAUGUUGAUUACGAUCAAAGUCUUCUCCUUUGGCAUAUUGCAACAGAGCUCUGUUUUCAAGAAGAGGAGGAGGAGAUGUUGGAGAGACGGAGCGGAGAGAGCUGCGAUGACCGGGAAUUCAGCAAGAUUGUGUCGGACUACAUGAUGUAUUUGCUGAUCAUGCAACCGAAGCUGAUGUCGGAAGUUGCCGGGAUCGGGACGAUAAGAUUCAGAGACACUUUAGCGGAAGCGGAGAGGUUUUUCAAAGGGAGGCAUGUCAAGAACUUGAGAGAUAUGAAACGAGCGAGCAAGACGGUUUUGUCGGUUAGUAAUGAUAUCGAGCCGAUGAAUGUGAAGGGAGAUCGGAGCAAGUCGGUGCUUUUCGAUGCGAGUAUGUUGGCGAAAGAGCUUCAGAGAUUGGAUGAGAGUGGUGGUGGUAAUGGAGGAGAUGGGAAAUGGAGAGUGUUGAGCAAAGUGUGGGUUGAGUUGUUAUCUUACGCCGCAAGUCAUUGUGAGGCAACGGAGCAUGUGGCGCAACUUAGCAGAGGUGGAGAGCUGCUUAACUUUGUUUGGUUGUUGAUGGCUCACUUUGGUUUGGCUGAUCAGUUUCAGAUCAAUAAAGGAGAUGCUCGAGCUAAACUCGUUGACGGAGAGUCAUAA